AUGGGGCUAAGGCUUUGCCAUCAGAUAUUCUUGACCGGUAAGUUAUACAAGGUUAUCGACGAGUCACUGUCGAAUUAUACCGAGGAUAAAAGCAAGCAUGAUCUGUCAAAUUUGGAGUUCAGUCGAAGAUUGGCAGUGGAAAAGGAACUUUUUCAAAGUAAUUCAGUAUUGCGAUUGUCGAAAGUGAUUUUCGACGACAGCGGCAACUUCGUUCUUUAUCCAACAAUGAUCGGCGUGAAGGUGGUUAACGUCAAAACUAAUCGAUGUGUUAGAAUUAUUGGAAGGCCUGAAAACAUGCGUUUUUUGUCAGUUGCGCUUUGCAGGGCUCUUCCGGCAGCGGGUACUUUAAAAAUCGGAUCUCAACAAGUUUCUGCUGCCGUCACUUAUCAAAUGGAGGCUUCUGAAAAUCCUGCCCUUCAGAGAAUGGAACCGGAUCCAAUGCUGGUUUGUACAGCUUUCAAGAAGUGCAGAUUUUACCUGUUCACCAACUCAGAGCCUUAUGAUGCGAAAGCUGCUGAUAACGAUAGGGAUGUCUUUAACGAAAAGCCGCGACAAGAAGAUAUGAUAACCGCCGUAGAGAGUGACAAGUCUAUCAAACGUGUCACUGAUUCUUGCGUGAUUCACACGACCAUGGGCGACAUACAUUGCCACCUGUACACGAAAGAGUGUCCAAAGGCGACGGAAAACUUCUGCACCCAUGCACGACAAGGAUAUUACAAUGGACAUGUAUUUCAUCGGGUCAUUAAAAGUUUCAUGAUCCAGACCGGCGAUCCGACAGGCACAGGUAUGGGUGGAGAAAGUAUAUGGGGACAAGAUUUUGAAGACGAAUUUCAUUCUUCUUUGAAGCAUGAUCGUCCUUUCACCCUUAGCAUGGCAAAUGCCGGCCCGAACACGAAUGGUUCACAGUUUUUUAUAACUGUUUCUCCCGCGCCUCAUCUCGACAACAAGCACACACUUUUUGGGAAGGUAACAAGGGGAAUGGACGUUGUGCAGAACAUUAAUGGUCUACGUGUUAACCCGAAGAACAAUAAGCCGUUUGACGACGUGUCGAUAAUUAGUAUUACUUUGAAAUAG